AUGCCUACAUCCCCCACGUCUACACCCCCCACGCCUACACCCCCCACGCCUACAUCCCCCACACCUACAUCCCCCACGCCUACAUCCCCCACACCUGCAUCCCCCAUGCCUACACUACCCCCCACGCCUACAUCCCCCAUGCCUACAUCCCCCACGCCUACAUCCCUCACGCCUACAUCCCCCACGCCUACAUCCCCCACGCCUACAUCCCCCACGCCUACAUCACUCACGCCUACAUCCCCCACGCCUACAUCCCUCACGCCAACAUCCCCCACGCCUACAUCCCCCACGCCAACAUCCCCCACGCCUACAUCCCCCACGCCUACACCCCCCCACGCCUACAUCCCCCACGCCUACAUCCCCCACGCUUACAUCCCCCACACCUACAUCCCCCACGCCUACGUCCCCCACGCCUACAUCCCCCACGCCUACAUCCCCCACGCCUACAUCCCCCAAGCCUACAUCCCCCACGCCUACAUCUCUCACGCCAACAUCCCCCACGCCUACAUCCCCCACGCCAACAUCCCCCACGCCUACAUCCCCCACGCCUACACCCCCCACGCCUACAUCCCCCACGCCUACAUCCCCCACGCCUACAUCCCCCACGCCUACAUCCCCCACGCCUACAUCCCCCACGCCUACAUCCCCCACGCCUACAUCCCCCACGCCUACAUCCCCCACGCCUACAUCCCCCACGCCUACACCCCCCACGCCUACAUCCCCCACGCCUACAUCCCCCACGCCUACACCCCCCACGCCUACAUCCCCCACGCCUACAUCCCCCACGCCUACAUCCCCCACGCCUACAUCCCCCACGCCAACAUCCCCCACGCCUACAUCCCCCACGCCUACAUCCCCCACGCCAACAUCCCCCACGCCUACAUCCCCCACGCCUACAUCCUCCACGCCUACAUCCCCCACGCCUACAUCCCCCAUGCCAACAUCCCCCACGCCUACAUCCCCAACGCCUACAUAGCCACACCUACAUCCCCCACGCCUACAUCCCCCACGCCUACAUUCCCCACGCCUACAUCCCCCACGCCAACAUCCCAAACGCCUACAUCCCCCACGCCUACAUCCCCCACGCCUACAUCCCCCACGCCUACAUCCCCCACGCAAACAUCCCCCACGCCUACAUCCCCCACGCCUACAUCCCCACACCUACAUCCCCCACGCCUACAUCCCCUACGCCUACAUCCCUCACGCCUACAUCCUCUCACCUACAUCCCCCACACCUACAUCCCCCACGCCUACAUCCCCCACGCCAACAUUCCCCACGCCUACAUCCCCCACGCCUACAUCCCCCACGCCUACAUCCCCCACGCAUACAUCCCCCACGCCUACAUCCCCCACACCUACAUCCCCCACGCCUACAUCCCCCACGUCUACUUCCCCCACGCCUACAUCCCCCACGCCUACAUCCCCCACGCCUACAUCCCCCACCCCUACAUCCCCCACGCCUACAUCCCCCACGCCUACAUCCCCCACGCCUACAUCCCCCGCGCCUACAUCCCCCACGCCUACAUCCCCCACGCCUACAUCCCCACGCCUACAUCCCCCACACCUACAUCCCCCACGCCUACAUCCCCCACGCCUACAUCCCCCACACCUACAUCCCCCACGCCUACAGUCCCACGCCUACAUCCCCACACCUACAUCCCCCACGCCUACAUCCCCCACACCUACAUCCCCCUCACCUACAUCCCCACGCCUACAUCCCCCACGCCAACAUCCAAUGCCUACAUCCCCCACGCCUACAUCCCCCACGCCUACAUCCCCCACGCCUACAUCCCCCACGCCUACAUCCCCCACACCUACAUCCCCCACGCCUUCAUCCCCCACGCCUACAUCCCCCACGCCUACAUCCCCACGCCUACAUCCCCCACACCUAAAUCCCCCACGCCUUCAUCCCCCACGCCUACACGCCUACAUCCCCCACGCCUACAUCCCCACGCCUACAUCCCCCACACCUACAUCCCCCACGCCUACAUCCCCCACGCCUACAUCCCCCACACCUACAUCCCCCACGCCUACAUUCCCACGCCUACAUCCCCACACCUACAUCCCCCACGCCUACAUCCCCCACACCUACAUCCCCCACACCUACAUCCCCACGCCUACAUCCCCCACGCCAACAACCAAUGCCUACAUCCCCCACGCCUACAUCCCCCACGCCUACAUCCCCCACGCCUACAUCCCCCACUCCUACAUCCCCCACACCUACAUCCCCCACGCCUUCAUCCCCCACGCCUACAUCCCCCACGCCUACAUCCCCCACGCCAACAUCCAACGCCUACAUCCCCCACGCCUACAUCCCCCACGCCUACAUCCCCCACGCCUACAUCCCCCACACCUACAUCCCCCACGCCUUCAUCCCUCACGCCUACAUCCCCCACACCUACAUCCCCCACACCUACAUCCCCACGCCUACAUCCCCCACGCCAACAUCAAACGCCUACAUCCCCCACGCCUACAUCCCCCACGCCUACAUCCCCCACACCUACAUCCCCCACGCCUACAUCCCCCACGCCUACAUCCCCCACACCUACUUCCCCCACGCCUACAUCCCCCGCCUACAUCCCCCACACCUACUUCCCUCACGCCUACAUCCCCUGCCUACAUCCCCCACACCUACUUCCCCCACGCCUACAUCCCCCACACCUACUUCCCCCACACCUACAUCCCCCACACCUACUUCCCCCACGCCUACAUCCCCCACGCCUACUUCCCCCACGCCUACAUCCCCCACACCUACUUCCCCCACGCCUACCUCCCCCGCCUACAUCCCCCACACCUACUUCCCCCACGCCUACAUCCCCCACGCCUACAUCCCCACGCCUACAUCCCCACACCUACAUCCCCCACGCCUACAUCCCCCACGCCUACAUCCCCCACACCUACAUCCCCCACGCCUACAUCCCCCACGCCUACAUCCCCCGCCUACAUCCCCCACACCUACUUCCCCCACACCUACAUCCCCCACACCUACAUCCCCCACGCCUACAUCCCCCGCCUACAUCCCCCACACCUACAUCCCCCACACCUACAUCCUCCACACUUACAUCCCCCACGCCUACAUCCCCCACGCCUACAUCCCCCACACCUACAUCCCCCACACCUACGUCCCCCACACCUACAUCCCCCACACCUACAUCCCCCACACCUACAUCCCCCACGCCUACAUCCCCCCGCCUACAUCCCGACGCCUACAUCCCCCACACCUACAUCCCCCAUACCUACAUCCCCCACGCCUACAUCCCCCACACCUACAUCCCCCCGCCUACAUCCCGACAACUUCACUCAACUUCUGUAGAUGAUAGUGAACUUGAGGAUGUUGUAAAUGACUUAGCCCAGUAUGAAGAAGAUAUACGG